GGAAGACUUGUCGUUGUUGCUGCUGGUUGAGCACACAGGCGGGCCAAGAUGGCGGAGUACCUGGCGUCCAUUUUUGGGACAGAGAAAGAUAAGGUCAACUGUUCUUUUUAUUUUAAAAUUGGUGCCUGCCGACAUGGCGACCGCUGCUCCAGAUUACACAACAAGCCGACCUUCAGCCAGACAAUUGCCCUCCUGAACAUUUACCGGAACCCUCAGAAUAGUGCCCAGUCUGCUGAUGGUCUCACUUGUGCCAUCAGUGACAUGGAGAUGCAGGAGCACUAUGAUGAGUUUUUUGAGGAGGUCUUCACAGAGAUGGAAGAAAAGUACGGAGAGGUGGAGGAGAUGAACGUAUGUGACAACCUCGGGGACCACUUAGUAGGGAAUGUGUAUGUGAAGUUCCGUUAUGAAGAGGACGCGGAGAAGGCUGUGAUAGACCUGAAUAAUCGGUGGUUUAAUGGACAGCCCAUCCAUGCCGAGCUCUCUCCCGUCACAGACUUCAGAGAAGCCUGCUGUCGCCAAUAUGAAAUGGGGGAAUGCACUCGUGGUGGUUUCUGCAACUUCAUGCAUCUGAAGCCCAUCUCACGUGAACUGAGGAGAGAGCUCUAUGGGCGUCGGAGGAAGGGCCGCCAUAGGUCCCGGUCUCGCUCGAGAGAGAGGCGAUCUCGCUCGAGGGACAGAGGUCGAGGAGGAGGAGGAGGAGGAGGAGGAGGAGGUGGUGGUGGUGGUGGUGGUGGUGGUGGAGGAGGUGGCCGUGACCACGAGAGACGUCGCUCCAGAGACAGAGAGCGUUCGGGACGAUUCUGAACCACAAGCCAUGACUACUUGUCCUUCCCUCCCUGUAUCCAUCCCCAGUCUUCUUUUUUUUUUUAAGGUUGUACCCUUUCAGAUCUAUUCUAGGACUAAUUGAAAGGUACCUGAUUUUUGAAGCUGUGACAGCAUUGAUGAACCUGUUUUUUUCUUGAUUUCUGAAAAUGACUUUCACCUCAUUAAAUUACCAUUUUUACUUAA